AUGUCCGACACCGAGAGUGUGAUGCCGGAACAAGGGGCGGUAGCACGUCGCAUUUCGGCGAGCACAGUUAUCGGAAGCACAUUCGAACACGUGGCGCUGCCACCGAACUGCUCCAUUGAAAUGACAAGCCCACAGACGUCCGAUAGCAAUGACUCAAUUGGAUAUAACACGCACAGUGAGGACGAAGAACAGACUGCUUUAACAUCCACUAACGCUCAUUCCCCGCAAUUUCUGGAAAAGGAUCACCAGCCUGGAGAACCCAGAAAUUGUGGUCUCCUUAUUAUCGAUGGUGCGUUGGCCGAGGAUGAUGAGGACGAACCCAACGAUUCUCCUCUAUCCCCGGUGACGGACCCUCAAAAUCACGAAGACGAGCUGGAGAGGUUUGUAGAAACGGCAGCUCGGUACCAUAUAAAGCGGAGCGGGACGUCUCACUCCAAGCAUAAGGAACUACCGCAUUCAAUCAGCAAUACUAGCACAGAGAGCAUUGCGUGCUUCAACUAUGUUGCGCAGCAGCUCUCGGGCGGUAAGGGUGAUAUCGGCGUUGAUAUAGGCGCCAAGGGUAUGGGUGAUGGCAGCACCGCAGGACAUGCCGUUGCCCGUGAACAGCAGGAUGGGGGUAGUCCUCGGAAACGCCGCGGCGCUAAACAGAAAGGCAGUACCAAAGAAAGCACCAAGGUUCGCAAAACUCACACCUCAUCGCCAUAUGGCCUUGGCCAGAAGGAGAAACGACGAAACUAUUAUAGUAAGGAAAGGGUCGACAUAACAUUGAGAUCAUUGCAUCCGCUAAUGGCAAUGGGACUCCCCGGAACGAAGGGGACGUUCAUAUUUACAGAACCAGAUGUUAGCCUAAAAACAAUGAGGCCUCAUAAUCCUGUUUGGAGCGAUCAAAAGGCGGAUGACGCGUCUAGCAGCGAUCAAGAUAAAGGCGAUAUGAACGUUGACGUAACACCUGCGGCAGCUAAACUCAAGGGUAUGCGUGGCGGAUUCAGGAACUACGGACGGCGUAGGAGGGAGCGUAACUUCGUGGGGACAGAACUUAGCUCGAUUUCCCACAAAAUUCUCGAGAAAGAUUUACAGUGGGAGGCACUGAGGAGGCUCCGAUUUUGCAGGUUGUACAGCCCUAUACCCACCAAGGUGCUAGAGGGGAAUGAUGACGUUUCCACUGACAUCAUAAUGACCGGAUCCCUCGCGGAUUACCAAUUCGACCCGGACUGCUGUGACGUGGACACAUCGGGGGUCGAGAUGAGGGACCAAGAGGGGGCAGCCAACACUGCUUUCAUAUCAAAAUGUCACCUAACGUACAAUGCGGAUGGAUCACCGUGUUGGUGCUGCUGCUACAUAGACUUCUUCAACGUCCUCGCCCAAAAGAGGUUUGAUGUGGACGUGCUCGGCUGCGAGCUGGCCCAGACACUGGCGUACCGUUGUAAAGAAAACGCCGAAACGCUCUUCCACAUGUCGUGGAUUCAGCACAACCGAAAUUCGCUGGACCGCUGCAUACCAACGGACGCGUCGAUAUCGGUGCUACAGCGCUUCGUGCAGAUAAAGCACGCCGUGCUGCGAGUGGAUCGCAUGGGCCUCUUCUCCACCCAGAUGCGGCAAGUUGUUAAGCUCUAA